CAUCUUGCAACAGCACUAUUCCGUUUUCCUCCCCUGCCUAUCCCUCCCCGCCAACGCCGUUUCCUAGCACGCACUUUGCGUUCAAUACCCGUUUUCCUCGCCAACAUGCUCCAACACCCCGACCUUCCCGAGCUUCUGACUCGAAGUCUCUUCGGAAGCGACAAAAGCAGCAACUUCACCUGCGCGCGCCCGAAGCCCAACGAACAUGGCGCCAAGCUAUCCAUCGGCAUCACGGCCAAAAGCUUGAUGGAAUACAUGGCCUACGCCUGUCUGGGCCUGACCACAGCGAGCGCCUUAUUUCUCAUCUGGAAGCAUCUCCACCGAUACACCUGCCCCAAGGAGCAACGCCAGAACGUCCGCAUCAUUUUUAUGCCAGUCAUAUUCUGCGCCCUCGAAUUGCUGUCCAUCAUUUUCUACAGCGACUCCAUAUAUCUAUCACCCCUCAAGGAAACCUACCAAGCCUUCUGCAUUGCCGCGCUUUUCCUCCUCUACGUCGAGUUUGUGUGUCCGGAUGAGCAGAUGCGGGAUGCCUACUUCAAUGGCGUAGAGAACAAGGACAGGAAAGGGAAUGUCAUCCCAGGAGGCAGUCUUUUGUGGUUCAAUCGCACCUGGAUUGUCGUCUUCCAAUACCCCUUCACCAAGACGAUAUCCUGCAUCAUCGAGAUCGCCACUCAAGCCGCGAACAAGUACUGCAUGAACUCAUUGAGUCCCAAGUACGCUCACAUCUGGCUCCUCCUCGCCGACACAUUCCUCAUCGGCGGCGCCAUCAGCGCCGUCUUCCGCUUCUACGGCCGCUUUAAGAAAGAGUUUGACCCAAAGCACCACGCUCUCGCCAAGCUCGUCUGCUUCAAAGGCGUCGUCUUCUUCCAGUUCUUCCAGAUGAUCAUCUUCGGCUUCCUGGCCGGCAAGACCUUCAGGCCCUCCAAGACGCUCACCUACGACGACAUCUACUACGGCAUCCCGUCCACCCUCACCUGUCUCGAGGCCACGGCCUUUUCCUUCACCUUCCACUUCGCCUACCGCUCACGCGUCUACCACUCCGACAUGCGCCCAGACGCCUAUCGCAUGCCGACGUGGCGCGCCAUCUUGGAUGCGAUGAAUCUCUCGGACAUCAUCCGCGGCUCCAUGUAUGCCAUCACUCUCUUGAUCCAGAAGCGCUCGCCCACAGGCCACGGCUUCGGCCAAGGUCCUAAGCGCCAGCGGACCAGCGAGUUGGACGACAUGGCGCGGGAGCCGUUGAAGACGGAACAGUAUCGCAGCACUUCGCCCAUCCCGGGCGCAUACGUGCCAACCGCGCCGGGAACGCAGCAGUACGGCGUGACGCAUGCCUAUGGCGAUGUUGCGGAGCAGCAGUUGCUGGGGUAUGAUGAUUACAGGACUGGUGGAGCGGAGGGGCGUUUGUCGAGAGACCCGUCGCCCAGCCGGCCUGCGCAGGCUCCGAGGGAUAUGGUUUAGAAGGACUUGACUGAUGGCUGGAUGGUGGUUCUGUGAGAAAUGUGUAAUGUAUGGCUGGAGCGGGCGUUUUUGGUGUUCUGGAGGAAAUGUUCUAUUGACUGUACCGCGUGUUCAAAAACAAUAUACCAGCAUGGUUUAGAGCAGCUCGGCGUUCGCGGCG